UUGAUCUUAAGGUCUCUCCUCUCCCAAUAUCAUCCGCUUCUGAACGAAAAUCCCCCCACCCCUCAAUAAAAACUCUCUGCAUUAGCAAUAGAUUCAUCAUCAUCACUCACUGGAGAAGACGAAGCAUUAGGGUUUUUUCUCGUUUGUUGAUUCACCAUUGGACACAAAAAGAAACUAACUUUCAGUUCCUUUCAUCUACCCCCAUCUAUCAAAAUCGAUUCCUUUUCCCUUGUUUUCGAUCAAAUCGAAGCCAAAGGGAUUUCGAAUAAAGUAACUAACUUUGAGUUUGAGACAAUAAAACAACAUCCAUUGAUCCGUAAAUCUCUGAUACGGACUGCUUAACAAAGAAGAAGGAUAUGUAUAACAGUAACAGAGUACAAGUGUACCAUGAAGAUGUGAGGGUUGGGGAAAUGGAGAUACACCUUCCUCCUCCAAGGGAAGACGACGUGAUGAAGGAGAGAGUAAUGGAGCAAGUGAAGAUGGGUAUCAGAGUUGGCCGUUUUUCUCAACCUAGCCAGAGGUGUACUCCUCUUUCAGUACUUACUACGAUUUCAUCUUCUGGACUCUGUUUCACACUGGAAGCUUCUGCUUCAGCUACUCCUGCUCAUGACCCUCUCACUUUCUUCCACUCCUCAUGUCUUAGGGACAACAAGACUGCAGUAAUGUCCCUUGGUGAGGAAGAGCUCCAUCUGGUUGCCAUGUGCUCGGAGAAUAUCAAUAACUACCGUCCUUGUUUCUGGGCAUUUACUGUUCCUCCUGGAGUUUAUGAUUCCUGUCUUGGCAUGCUCAAUCUUAGGUGUCUGGGGAUUGUCUUUGAUCUUGAUGAAACCCUCGUAGUGGCCAAUACCCUGCGCACAUUUGACGUUAAAACUGAGGGGUUGCUGCGGAGAAUAAGCUGCGAGAUGGACCCUCGACGCCGUGCUGUUAUGGUGGCUGAGAUGAAGCGUUAUCAGGAUGACAAAACUCUGUUGAAGCAAUACGUUGAAAGUGACCAGGUUGUUGAAAACGGGGAGGUGAUUAAGGCACAAUAUGAAAUUGUUCCUGCCUUGUCUGACAACCAUAAGCCUCUUGUUCGUCCUCUGAUAAGGUUGCAAGAGAGGAACACUGUCCUGACUCGCAUUAAUCCAAUGAAUCGUGAUACAAGUGUUCUUGUGAGGUUGAGGUCUUCAUGGGAGGAACUUAAAAGCUAUUUGACAGCAAAAGAGGGCCGCAAGCGUUUUGAAGUAUAUGUUUGCACAAUGGCUGAGAAAGAUUACGCCUUAGAGAUGUGGAGGCUCCUUGAUCCAGAAGGGAAUUUGAUAAACGCAAAUGACUUGCUCUCUCGCAUUGUUUGUGUGAAAUCUGGUUUUAAGAAGUCACUGUUCAAUGUGUUUCUCAAUGCAACUUGCCAUCCGAAGAUGGCAAUGGUAAUUGAUGAUCGACGGGAAGUUUGGGAUGAGAACGAUCAGCCGAGGGUGCAUGUAGUUCGCGCAUUUUCUCCCUACCAUUCUCCUCAAGCUGAAGCAGCUGCAACACCGGUACUGUGCGUUGCCAAAAAUAUUGCUUGCGUUGUCAGAGGUGGAUUUUUCAAGGAUUUCGAUGAUAGUCUGCUACCAAGGAUUGCUGAAAUAUCUUAUGAGAAUGAUGUUGAAGAUAUUCCAUCACCGCCUGAUGUAAGCCACUACUUGGUGUCUGAGGAUGAAACAACGGGUUUAAAUGGGAACAAAGAUCCACUUUCUAGUGACAAGAUGGCUGAUGCUAGAGUAGGAAGAAGACUGAAGGAGGAAAUUGGUGGAUCUUUAGCUGUCUUUCCGGGGGUAAACAUAGAGCCAAGAAUAGCUGCUCUCGUUCAGCAACCAAUGGUUUCUGCUUCUUAUGUUUCCGCACCAGUACCAGUCCCAGUCGUGAUACAAGAACCGCAACAAUCAGCUAUCGCCUUUCCAAGUAUUCCGUUUCAACAACCGGCAACAGUAGCUAAACACUUGGUUCCUUCAGAACCAAGCUUGCAAAAUUCUCCCGGUAGUGAGGAAGGUGAGGUACCUGGAUCAGAGUUAGAUCUAUAUACCAGGAGGAGGCUCCUCAUAUUGCAACAUGGACAAGAUCCUAGAGAUGCUGCUCCAGGUGAACCUUCAUCUCCAAAGAGACUACCAGUUCAAGCUCCACCUCCACAUGUGCAGCCAAGAAGUAGUUGGCUUCCUGCUGAGGAGGAGAUGGAUCCAGAAAUAGAGAAUCCAGUUGGAUUGCUACAUAAGAUUGCUACUAAAUGUGGAACUAAGGUGGACUACAAACCGGGUUUGGUUGCUAGUACAGAUAUGCGGUUCUCUAUUGAGGCAUGGUUUUGUGGUAAAAAAGUUGGAGUGGGGAUUGGCAAAUCAAGACGAGAAGCCCUGCAGAAGGCUGCUGAAUUUUCUAUCCAGAACUUGGCUGAUAUAUAUCUGUCCCAUGUAAAUGGUGACGCAGGGCCAAGUCACAUGGGUGCAGGCCCCCUUACUAAUGGCAAUGUGGUCAUGGGAAAUGCAAACACGUUUGAUAAUAAGCCAUUUGCCCGAGAUGAAACAGCGAUGCCGGUUACAUAUACAAGAUUAGAAGGCUCUAUUAGGCACACAGGCUCCAUUCCUACGCUUAGGGAACUGUGUGCAUCGGAAGGUUGGGAGCUGUCUUUUCAAUCUCAGCGUCCGCUUCAAUCUGACAUGGUCCACAAAGAUGAGUUUCAUGCUAAGGUUGCAAUAAAUGGAACUGUAUUAGGGCAAGGAGUUGGAUCAACAUGGGAGGAAGCUAGAAUUCAUGCUGCUGAGAGAGCACUGGGUAAUGUGAGACCAUUGCUUCAACGGCAACAAUCUUCAAGAUCGUUCGGCGGGAUGUCAAAUAAGCGUCUGAAGCCAAACUUUCAACGAUCCAUGCAACGGAUGCCAUCUUCAUGAAGAAACUCUUAGCAAAAACCAUUGUCUGCAUUUUAAUUCCAUCGUCUCUUGCUUUCAGUUAGCUACCUAGAAAAACUCUUUGACAAGUUGCCUUGUUCGUUAAACAAUUAACUAGUCAGAUAAGACACGUAUUUUGCUUUUGUCUAGUGUGUAAGUACAUGUUUUAACUCAAGAUUUUUUGUGUACUUUAUCAGACAUUCUGAGUAGAAGCAACAGCUUGAGAGGCAAAGACAAGACCUCUAAGCAUAUGCUUGUUUGGCUUCUUCUCAGGCUGUAAGUUGCUCAAUAGAAAUCAGUAAAGUUGAUUUAAUUGUUUCCUAAAAGCUUUUUCUGCAGU